UUGUGAUUUGAUAUAUAUAUUGCCGUCUGUCGGUAGGCGGAAUUCUGCCAAAUUAUUUAUUAUCUUUUGUCAAUUAAUCAAUUAUUGUUUGAUUGAUUUAUUAAAUCGACCUGCUUCCACUUUUGUGAUGGCGACAAAGUGCAAAUAAGAAUAGUUGUGUCGGAGGUCACCUUCCGGUCACAAAAUCGGCCAAUUUUGGGCCAAACUUCGAAGGACACGGCUCGAAAAAAUGAGCUAUCGAGAACGUAUGCAGAGAUUGGAGUUGCUUCUGGGAGAGGCGGUCAUCAACUUGGAACAAUUAAAAGAAUUAGUAUUUCACGGGCUUCCGGGAGACGGGAGUGCAAGACCUUUGGUCUGGCGCCUCCUUCUCAACUAUCUCCCAGCCUCCCGGGAAGAAUGGGGCCCUUUCCUAGCUAAGAAGCGGACCAAUUAUGGCAACUUUGUCGCAGACUUGCUCCAACCUUGCUGCGCUGCUGAAGAAGCCGCCGACGCCGCAGAAGAGGCUGACCAUCCCCUCAAUCCAAACCCAGACUCACGCUGGCAACAGUUCUUUCGGGACAACGAAGUUCUCCUGCAGAUUGAUAAAGAUGUGAGAAGGCUUCUCCCAGAAAUCGCCUUCUUCCAAAGUGCCACGAAAUAUCCCUGCGAGCAGAUCGUGAGUGGGGCCAUGGCACGGCUGCACGAACGUGUCGGCUAUGUGUCACUGCAGGCUGGAAGUAUCGUCAAGAGGGGAAUAGGUCUCAUCACGAAGACCAGCACCGGCACUUCCUCUUCCUCCUCAGACGGCGGCUGUCGACCAAAUAACAAAGGUGGCGAAUCCCAUUGGGAGGUUGUCGAGCGGAUAUUGUUCGUCUAUGCUAAACUCAACCCAGGACAGUCCUACGUUCAGGGGAUGAAUGAAAUCAUGGGUCCGCUCUACUACGUGCUAGCAACGGAUGCGGACGAAGAGUGGGCGCGCUGGGCGGAGGCGGACACUUUUUACAUCUUUACUCAUCUCAUGGGCGAAGUGCGCGACUUUUUUAUCCGCUCACUCGACAACUCUACCUCUGGAAUACGCCGAAUGAUGGAAAUCCUGAUGAGACGCGUGGGCGGGAGGGACACUCAGGUCGCCCGACUCCUCGCUCAGCAGGAAAUCCACCCCCAAUACUACGCUUUCAGAUGGAUCACACUCCUACUCAGCCAAGAAUUUCCCUUGCCGGACGUGCUCCGUAUUUGGGACUCCCUUCUCGCGGACAGAAAGCGAUUCGAUUUCCUCGUCGAUCUUUGCUGUGCCAUGAUCAUCCACGUGCGAGGCGAAUUACUUUCCGGUGACUUUGCCACGAAUAUGAAGCUCCUCCAAAACUAUCCACCCAUCGAUGUCAGAGACAUUCUCGCUCUAGCCUCCACAUUCUCUGAGAAAGGUGUCGUCGCUGAAUAAUGGGAAAAAGAAACCAAAAUUUUUCUACUUUUUUGCCAAGGGCUGGGUGAUGAUGCUGAUGAGACGUAUGAUUCGAGACACACACAGCUAAGAAGGUGAAGAAGAAGCUAAUGCGACGCUCCACUUGGUCCGUGUCACACGGUCACACUCCACUUGAGAGGGAUGAGCGGAGGGUGG